AUGUCGUCGUCAUCUCAGGUCACCGAGUCUUGGAUCGCGUCUUUUUGUGGCUUGCUAGGCCACGAAUACUUUGCCGAGGUGUCAGAGGACUUUGUCGAAGAUGACUUCAACCUCACAGGUCUGCAGUCACAAGUGCCCAUGUACAAGGAGGCAUUGGAGAUGAUACUGGACGUUGAGCCCGAAGACGACGAGGAUGAAGAGGAGGACGAGGACGAAGACGAAGAAGACGAAGACAUACUGGGUGACGAACGAGCGCCGGGCUACCGACGAGCCAGUGAUCGCAGACAUUUGCGGAUAGCCUCCGAUCUCAGUGUGAUAGAAAGCUCUGCCGAGCUACUCUAUGGCCUCAUACACCAACGCUACAUUACCUCGCGCCCGGGUAUCCAACAAAUGGCGGAAAAGUACGAACUCCAACACUUUGGCAUCUGCCCGCGCGUAAACUGCAAUUCCUGCAAAGUGCUUCCCGUGGGCCUCAACGACAGCCCAGGCCACGAGACGGUCAAGCUCUUCUGCCCCUCGUGCCUCGACGUCUACACGCCGCCCAACUCACGCUUCCAGACCGUCGACGGUGCCUUCUUUGGCACCACCUUCCCCUCGCUCUUCUUCAUGACCUUCACCGACCUCGACAUUGGCGGCAACCUCCGCGCAAACCCCUCCUCCUCCAUCGACGCCCUCGCCCAACUCAACGCGCAAUCCGCCGACGCCGCCAACAACAAACCUCGCAACACGACGCCCUCGAAUGUCACGUCAAUAAACGGUGUGGCGCCACACAACCUCGCCCCCAGCCUCGGCACCGGCAGCAUCUACGAACCCCGCAUCUACGGCUUCCGUGUCAGCGAGCGCGCCCGCUCAGGCCCCCGCAUGAAGUGGCUGCGCAUGCGGCCCACGGAUGUGACAGAGCUCGACGAGACACGACGCUACUGGGAAGACCGGGACGACGAUGCGGAUCGGCCAGACGACGAAGAUCUCAACAUGGUGGAUGUGGCAGAGGGAGGUGGCGCAGCAGCCAAGGGCACAGCCGGCGCAGAUCGCAGGAAGAAGCCAAUUCGCACACGGAGACGGCCGACGAAUGGUAGUCAUACUGGGGCUGGGGCCGUCGGUGGAGGCGCCAGCCCCAUGGAUGCUAAUGGUGUUGCGGCGGGGACGGGGGCAGCGACGCCCGUGGGUUAG